AUGGAUGAAUGUUGGGGAUCCUUCAAAUCGUACAAAGAACUUGAAGAAAAGAUCAAGACUUAUGAGCAAUCAAACUCAGUGCAACUUUGGAAGAGAGAAGCUAGAACAGUUACUUCUGCCAACAAGAGAGUUGAUAGCCUUCGUAUUGAUGAAAGUGGAUGCCAUCUUGUAGUUACAAGUACUUACUCAGAGCACAAUCAUCCGGUGUCUCAAGAUCUGUAUAAACACUUACCAAGACAAAAAAGGUUGCCAGAAGCAUUAAAAACACAAGGCAUCAGCAAUUCUAGCUGA